CCCAGCCUUGUAGCGGUGGGACCAGUUCCGGUUGAAGUCAAAACACCUGAUCGUAUCGCACCUGAUUACAGGACACAGGUUUUUCGCAAUAUGAUUGUUUUUCUUUUGUGAACUUCUCCGUAGUAAAACAGAAAUGUGAAUCUUUUCAAUACUGGACGUCUUACCUGCAAAUAUAUAUAUAUUUUGCAGUUAAUAAAUAAUUUAUUGCAUCAUCAAAUUUACUUCGAUGAGAAUGUGCAUCAAUUUGAAAAUGCGGCUUAAAAUUGAAAGGACGUGUUCACUAUGAUCGUGUUGUGAAUGUGUUUAUCUAAAAAAAUGUUGGAGACAUUUAGAGUUGUGAUUAAGCUGAUGGAUAAAUGUUGAUGAAAUAUUUCCUUCAUCAUGAAACUGUUUAUUUAUCCGGUCAUAUUUUUGUUGUUUACAUCACUUUGUGAAGGCGGUGGGCCUAAUUUAGACAACUGUGAUUGGACUGGAAGCGGCACUCUGGAAAUGGCUCUAUCCAGAGGCGUUCAGCCUGUCUACCUCCGGUGCAACCAGGGCACCAUCCGGUGGCACUAUCCCCAGGGGGCUCUGAGGAUCGUUCUGCAGUACAGAUCGGCCGGAAGUCCCUUCAGUGCUUGCAUCAGACGAUCGAAAGGGUCAUCGGGUGCCCGCAUUUAUCUUGCUGGCAAGAAAAAACUUCAUCUAAUAUUCGGUUCUGAGGACCCCGUGGACUUGGUGAAAUGCGUGUCUUCUCAAGAGGGUCAAGUGACUCUGUAUAUGGAAGCCGAUCCCAUUGCCGAUCUUCUGCGAAGAGCAACGGCCGAAUUCAGUUAUCACUUGAAGAAGAUUUCGAGGUUGCCGAAUCAAAACUUGGCUGAUGAAUGCCAGCCAUGUUCAGAAGAGCAAUUACUUCACUAUUAUUGUUCAAGUGAUUUUGUGUUCCAAGGAAAAGUGACUGAUUUGUUCCACAACAAAUUACUCCAAGUGACAGAACUGACAGUUCGUAUAUCGAAAACUCAUAGAACUAAUGAACUUCAAAAAUUCCCAAAUAUUUCGGACUCAGACUUUGAGCCAAAAUAUGUUAUUUUACAAAGACCGUUGAAAUGUGGUACAAAAGCGGGAUCUGGUGAAUAUUUGUUCCUAGGAAAAUGGAUUCUAGGUAAUCCAAGCUUGGACUGUAUUCCUAGGAUUACAGAAUGGAAGAAAGUUCGAAGGAAAGCUUUAAUGUCUGGAUCGAAUGAAUGUUUAUUAAAUCUGUGAUUUUAUGUAAUUGCUUGACGUGCAUUUGAAGGAUGCUAAAAAUUCAUGUAUAUAGCAAAGUAUUAUAAAAUUCCUUUAUUAUUGCUUUUUAUUUUAUCAACAAAAACAGUUCUGUGAUUUUUAAAGAAAAGCUUAAAUGGUCAGAAACCAUUUUUAAUAUGAUCGAGUUGACCAAAAAUUAUUGUUUUGUUGACAGGAUAAAAUUCUGUGAAGCAGACGUUUUCAAAUAUUAUCCUCUUGAGAAAAUUUGGAUCGAAAACAAUUUCGAGUUCUCAUUUUUUUUUUUUUUUUUAAUUCUUACCGCAAAUGUAGAUUUGCACUUUAAAUAAGAAAUUAGAUUAAAAGAAAUACUAUAGCAAAGUUUUAAAGAAAAAGAUUUUUUCAUUCUUUUUUUUUUUUAGUAAUGUUGAUUGAUGGAUUCAUUUAAUCCCAAAUGAUUUUCAUAUCUACUUUUAUUUAUAAAUACUGUGAGUUGGAAUUCUGUUCAUCAAAAUUAAGUAAAAGAACCCGUUUUAUUAAAUUUAUUACGAACAAGUUUCUCUUAAAAUCUAUAGUAUUCAUAAUAAUAUGAUAUUAAUAAUUACGUCCAAAGCUACUUUAAAAAUUUUGUCAUGGAUUCCACUUAUUUCCUCCCAUUAAAGGCUGCUACAUAAUCCUGACAUAAAAUUUAAAAAUAAGACGAACUCAUAAGAAUUAAUGAGAUUAGGUCCUAGUCGAUUUAUAAUUUUUUUUAUCUUCUUAAUAUUUAAUCCAUUUAAAGAAUAAAGUAAAACAUAUAGUCUAUAAACUAGAAUUAAGAAGCAGCUUUAUUGAUUUAACCCGAUUUUUUACUACCAUUCUGUCAAAGCUAAUAAAAUAUUAUAAUCCAGAUUUCUAAGAACACAAUUUAUUUCUUUUCAUUUGCUUUAAUUUUUCAU